UCACCCGCCCAUUUCCUCCGGUGCAAAAAGCAAUAUUCCAUGCAUUAGCUGUUCUAACGAUUCAUGCAAAAACAAAUAUUGCACAACAUUCGACGACUUUAAUCUCGCCCCAUACAAGCAAACUGGUGUGUUUUAGUGAUCAUGCCAAACUCCGAUGGACGUUAAAGUUAGCUAGUUUGUUAGCAAGAAAACACUGAUACACAUAAACAUGAGGUAAUUUAUUAUUUCCCCUCCAGAAGGCACCGAUUGCUUACACACGGUAUCACGACAAAAAACAUCCGAGGAACUAACAAAGAUCGCACCUUCCAGUUCACGGGGACUUUAACUCAGAAAAAUAUGGCCUCACGAAGAAAAGGAGCAAAGAAAAUAAAGGUGGAGAAUGAAACUGCAAUAAAGGAGCAUGAACGUCCUGACACAGAACCAUCAGAUGGCAGCAUUAGCGAAGAAAAGCCAUUGAAAAGGAAGAUAAAGGGGAUGAAAAAAUACAUAGGAGCUCACGUCUCAAUAUCAGGAGGAAUAUGGAAAGCAGUUGAAGCAAGUGUAGCCAUAGGAGGUCAUGCAUUUGCCCUUUUCAUGGGCUCCCAGCGCUCCUGGACCAGACCUGCCCUUGAUCCAGCUGCUGCAGUCAAAUUUCAAGAAGCCUGUGCUCUACAUGGAUUUGAUCCGAUACAGAUCCUGCCACAUGGAUCUUAUUUGAUGAACUGCGGUUCUCCCAAAGAAGAUGUGUUCAGUAAGAGCCAGGCCAUGCUUGUGGAUGAGCUGAGUCGAUGUAGUGCACUGGGCCUCAGUCAGUUUAACUUCCACCCUGGGGCUGCUAUUGACUCCAGACCUGAGAAAUGCAUGGAGAAAAUUGCCCAAGCAAUUAACCACGCACACCAGCAAACCCCUGCCGUCAUUACAGUGCUUGAAAACAUGAGUUGUCAAGGCAGCACUGUUGGUGGACAGUUCAGUGAACUGAAAACCAUAAUAGACAGAGUGCGAGAUAAGACACGUGUUGGAGUGUGUCUGGACACUUGUCAUGCUUUUGCAGCAGGCUAUGACAUUUCACCAGAAGGAGGUGUGAAGAACAUGCUUGAUGAAUUUGACCGAGUGGUUGGGUUGAAUUAUUUGAAAGCACUUCAUCUAAAUGACUCUAAAGGAAAAUUAGGCUGCCAUCUGGACCGGCAUGAAGACAUUGGCCGCGGCCAAAUAGGCAUUACUGCUUUCCGAGAAACUGUAAAUGAGCCUCGACUGGAUAAUAUCCCUCUGAUUUUAGAAACACCUGCCCAGGUUUCGAGUAUGCAGAACAGAUCGAGCUCCUUUACUCGCUUUGUGGAAAAAAGUGAAGAAUUAAAGGAGUCAACUGAAGAAUUGUCCAAGACAUUUAUUUUUGUUUAAGUUAAAUAAACAUUUGAACAUUG